AUGAUCUCGCUACUUCCAAUCGCACCGCAAAGUAUAAUGGAUCACAUUAGGAGCAUUAUUCCGUUGGAUGCAAAUCUAUUCAAGGAUGCGGUUCCCCUUCCAAAUACUAAGGAGCCUGGGUACUCCGCCAUUUACAGAAACAAGGCAUCUGUUAACGGCUUGAUCAAUUUGCCCCAUCCUGCUCUCACAACUUUGUACGAGACGUACGAAUGUUCCGCCACGGUCUAUGCUAAUAGGAAGGCCAUAGGUGUGCGCAAGAAGCAGGCAGACGGUCUGUUUGGCCCCUACGAAUGGGAAACUUACGCUCAAGUAUCAAACAGAAAGAGAAACUUUGGAUCAGGCAUUCUUUAUUCGUUGAAAAACAAUAAAUUCAAAACUCAGUCCGAAGCUCAUUUGAAGAUUGACAAUCACCACAAGGUGGUUGCAAAAGGUGAGAUGUCCUUUGUUCUCUCCCAAUUCUCCCACAAUAGAAAGGAGUGGCUCCUCUCCGACUUAGGAUGUGUAAACUUUUCAAUCACAAACACAUGCUUGUAUGAUACCUUGGGACCAGAGACCUCGAAGUACAUCUUGGCAUUGACUGAGUCACCAGUGGUGGUGUGCUCGAAGGAUAAGCUUGAGCGCUUGAUCAACCUCAAAAAAGAUAACCCAGAAGAUUUAGCAAAUUUGAUUUCUCUUGUGUCCAUGGAUCCUCUCGAUGCUCUGGAGUCUGCGCGUCUCAAAAGCCAAGCAGAAGCGCAGAACAUUGAAUUGACUGAAUUUGUUGAAAUUGAGAGACUUGGCGAAGCCAAUUUGAUUCCGGAUAUUCCGCCUACUCCCCUGACCGUAUAUACCAUCUCAUUUACUUCGGGUACCACUUCAAAUCCAAAGGGUGUGGUGUUAACGAAUCGAAACGCUGUAUCGGCGCUAACAUUCUGUUUGAGCAGCGUAAAGACCAGGAAUUUGAAUCCUCGGGCUUAUAGCUUCUUACCGCUUGCUCACAUCUUUGAAAGAAUGACGAACCAAGCUGCAUUUAUGAUGGGCGCUGAGAUAGGUAUGCCUCAAUCACCUUCACCUUUGACUCUUCUCGACGAUGUGAUGCAAUUGAAGCCAAAUGCUCUCAGCUUGGUUCCUAGAGUUUUGACCAAACUUGAGGCUGCACUCAAAGCACAGACUAUCAGGAAUGAAGAGAAACCUAUGUUGCGUCGUUUGUUCACAAAUGCAAUCAAUACCAAAAUCGAAAGGCAAGCUUCUGAAGAUGGCGCCGAUGGCUCUCAUCUCAUCUAUGAUCGCUUGAUUGCCGUUCUUCGCAAGAAGAUUGGCUUUGACAAUGUCACCAAUAUUGCCACAGGUUCUGCCCCCAUAUCACCGGAAACAGUGAAGUUCUUGAAAGCAGCACUUAACACAGGUGUCUCGCAAGGCUAUGGCUUAACAGAAUCCUUUGCUGGCGUUAGCAGUUCGCUUCAAUUUGAAGCCGUUCCAGGAUCCUGUGGAGCUAUAUGUGUCACUACUGAAAUGAGACUCAAGGAUCUUCCAGAAAUGGGCUAUACUGCUGAUGACUCGAUUGGCCCUCGCGGAGAGUUGUUGCUUAGGGGUCCACAAAUCUUUACUGAGUACUAUAAGAAUCCUGAAGAGACUAGAAAAGCUUUAGACGACGAAGGCUGGUUUCACACAGGCGAUGUUGCUCGUUUAAAUCCAGAAAAUGGCAGAAUCUACAUCAUAGACAGAGUCAAGAACUUUUUUAAGUUGGCCCAAGGCGAAUACAUCACACCGGAGAAGAUAGAAAAUACUUACCUUUCAUGUUUUCCCUUGACGACACUGUUCUAUGCACACGGCGAUUCUCUCAAAACUUACCUAGUUGGCAUCGUUGGUGUAGAUCCAGUGGCUAUCAAGACUUGGUUGGCAUCGAGAUUUGGUUACAAUGAGAAUGAGCUUGAAGAUAGCAAUAAACUUGUUGAAAUUAUGAACAAGAAAGAAGUGAAGACUAAAUUCUUGAUCGAGGCAAAUGCAUCAGUAUCCAAGUUGUUGCAUGGGUUAGAGAAGUUGCAUAAUAUUGAAAUUGGAAUUGACCCAUUGCGGGUCGAGGAUGGUGUGGUUACACCAACUUUCAAGAUAAAGAGAGCGAAUUGUUUUGCUUUCUUUAAAGAACGCUUAGAGAAGCUCUACGAGGAGGGCUCGUUGAUAAGAAACGAACGCUUGUAG